UCGUGCGUAAUGUUUAUGCAGUGACGCAAUUUCAGUUGUGUGAAUAAUUAAAAAUCAGUUAACGCAAUAAAUAAUUUAAUGGUAUUUCGCCCACUUUGUACGAGUUUAAAUUAAGUUAUGUACACUAUUUUUUUAAAUUAGACGAAAUGACAUCCCCGUCAUUUUAUUAUCAAUAUUAUAAAAUUCAAUAACAUUUAAUUUAUACCAAUUCUUUUGUAAUUUUACUAAGUUUUUAUUUGUCAUUAAGAUCUCAAUAGUAUAAACUUGCAAGCAUAAAUAUUGGAAUCUCUGUAUUUAAAAAGUAAAAAAGUAAACAAAAUACUUGUUAAUCAUGUCUUCAAAAGCCGAUCCUGGCCGAGAAGCUGAAGAAUCCCUGUUAUAUUCAGCCAGACAUGGAGAAUUAUCAGUCGUUAAAGCCUUGCUUGAAGCGAAGAGAGAGGGAAAAUUGACAUUGGAUAUUAACUGCAAAGGUAAAAGCAGAAUUAACUAUGGCUGGACACCGCUACAUUUGGCUACGUAUUUCGCGCACAAGGAAGUUGUGGAGUUGCUGCUUGACAGCGGCGUUAAUGUUGACGAAGUUAAUGACAACGGCGAUACCGCGCUGCAUAAAGCUUCUUUCACUGGAAAUGAAGAAUUAGUGAUUCUCUUACUGAACUACAAAGCGGAUGUGAACAUAAUGAACGGCGAGGGUCAGACGGCGUGUGACGUCAGCAAAACGCACGAUGUUCAGCGGCUGCUGGAAGCGGCGCAGAGAGCGGAGCGUGUGGACAAAGAGCGUCGACUCCUCACUGCGGCUAAAGAUGGACGGGUAGAGGAGGUCCAGGCAUUGCUGAGCGGCGUGAGUCCUCCGAACAUAAACAGUGUGGACAGCCAGGGCAACUCGGGGCUGCACUGCGCCGCCUACCGCGGACAGGCGCGCGUCGCCGUGCUGCUGCUGCAGAACGGCAUCGACACCACCCUCAGGAAUAAUACCGGUCAGCUGGCCAUAGACUUAGCGAAGGAUGACGAGAUGCGCGAGGUGCUGAGCGUGCGGCCGGUGCAGAAGCUGCAGCGCACCGCCGCCAGAUUCGAGGGACCCCUGCUCAAGAAGUCCCGCUUCCUCGGCUGGAGACCUGUCUGGGCGGUGCUGCAACGCGGUGUGUUGAUGUACUACGGGUGCCGCGCGGAGGCGGCGCGGGGCGCAGCGCGCGGCGACAAGAAGUACCUGGACGGCGCCCGCCUGGCCGCGCCGCACGCGCAGCCCGCGCUGCUGCUGCUGCACUACAGCGACGGCGACAGCCACCGCCUCGCCGUCGACGCUGCGGAGCCCGACACCCUCGCCGCCAGACAGUCGUGGAUAACAGCACUGAACGAGCACAUCGCGUACUCCGGGCACUACCUGUGGGCGGGCGCCGGCCCGGAGACCGCCAAGGAGGCCACCGAGGACGAUGACUGCAAGCCAUUAGGGUCGAUGCAGGACGCGCUGACGACCGCCAACAACCGGCUGGCGGUGCUGGAGACGCAGCUGCGCGAGUGCGGCGCCAUCGUCGCCGCGCUCGACAACUGCGCCGCGCAAGCCAGCUCGCUGCACCACUCCGCCUACAUGCGUUUCCAGCACGCGUGCGGCACUGGCGCGGAGGCACUGAGCUCGCUGAGGCACUGCGCAGCGCUCGUCGCGCAGGCACGCGACCGCGACCAAGCCAGGCUCGCUAGGGAGUUAGAACGUAACCGCGUGCUGGAGGAGGCGCUGGCGGCGCUCGCUCGCACGCACCACGCACUGGAGAUGUCCGUCGCUGACGAAAUCACUAAGAGUAAACGAAAAAAAAAGUUAUCACAAACCGAAUCGAAGGAAAAUUUCUUCGACGUAUAUGACGACUCUGGCGAGGACGACGACACGCUGGUGACGGCGGGGCUGUGCAGUCCGCUGGGCGCGCUCAGCCCCUGGGGCAGCAGCCCCGACCUCGCGCACACGCCCGCCAGCCUCGAUAGUGAAGAUGAGAAGACGGCGACGAACGAGGCAGCGCUGCAGCGCGCGGUGUCCGGCUCCUCGUGGUCGUUCCGCAGCGAGUGCUCGCGCGGCACGCUCGUCUCGCAGGACGGCCACGUGUACCGCAACGCGCGCCCCUACCGCAGCCCCGCCACGCCCAGUUCCGACUAAUGUUAACGGGCACAAACCCGAAUUAAGCGCAACAAAGGACGCAGCAUUUACCUUAUUACAGUUAGCACAAAUAUGUUAAUGAAAAUUUAUUUUUUCCUAAUAAUUUUAUUCAUAUUUAGAUUUCAAAAUAUACUUGCCAUGUUUUUUUUAUGAUAUUUUAACAAAUGACUAUGUUUAGACUAUCGAUAGGUAUUUCUAUCUCUAUCGUCUAAAUAAUUAGUGCAUUUAAAUGAAAAGGAUAGAGUAUAUAAGACAAACGGAAAAAGAAGAUAUAGUUUUAAAAAUAAUUCUAGAGUGGACCAUUUUUUAAUGCUAGAGGACUUAUGCAAAAAUAAAUUUACACCUUGAAAAAAAGUUAUUCAAAAUGUUGGCUUGUUCCGUUUAUUACUUAUUACUUCCUCAAUAAUAAUAAUAGUAAUAGAUGGCCCGAAAAAUAGAAAAGUAUACGCACUCUACCGGUUACGAAAACGAAAAAAAAAAUCUUGUUACCUACCUUGUUAGGUAAACGAAACAAGCCAUAAAUUUUUUAUAUGUGCUUCCGUAAAUUGACGCUAAGCUAAGUACCGGUAUUAUGUUGAAUUUUGUGACUCACAAAAAAAUUUCAACUAAAUUUUUACAAUCUAAUUUUAAAUGUUUUUUUUAUGUUCAACUAAAUUUACUAAAGUUUCAACAGAUUGGAUAUUUUUCCGUCUAAAGUAGGGAAAAUCGAUGCUAGUUAUUUAAAGAAUCAUUACUGAACAUUGAUUGAACUAAAAAAAAUUGAAAUUAGUUUUGGAUAGAAAAUAUGAUAGUUCUGGAUAAACUAGUUACAAUCUUGUACAAUAUCGGUAUAAAUUCAUUAAAAUUUUAGUUGAAAAAUCUUCUAUCCUUUUUUUCAUGCUUUGAUAUAAUAGUUGACACAUAGUAAACUAACAAAUCUGAUAA